GUUUGUUUUGUUUGUCUUGUCCCUAUCCCUUACGAAAUGAGAGAUUUUUUUCGUAUUUGUUCCUGAUAUAUAUAUCAUCUUCUUUCGAUUGUAGUUUGGUUUUCUUGGCAUGUCAUCGAAUGAAAUCCCGCUUAAUUGAAAUUAUUUAUAGUAAUAACUGAUUUGAUCGUGCAAUCGGAAGAAGAGGCGGAGGAGGAACCCUAAUACUAUAGUAUCAUGGUGAAGGAGACGGAAUACUACGAUGUUUUGGGAAUCAGCCCCACGGCCACCGAGGCAGAGAUUAAGAAAGCUUAUUAUAUCAAGGCACGGCAGGUCCAUCCAGAUAAAAACCCAAAUGAUCCUCUUGCUGCACAAAAUUUUCAGGUUUUGGGAGAGGCUUACCAAGUGCUGAGUGAUCCAGCCCAACGACAGGCUUAUGAUGCUUGUGGGAAGUCUGGAAUUUCAACUGAUGCAAUCAUUGAUCCUGCUGCAAUUUUUGCAAUGCUCUUUGGGAGUGAGCUUUUUGAGGAUUACAUUGGCCAGCUUGCCAUGGCCUCAAUGGCUUCAUUGGAUAUUUUUACAGAAGGAGAGCAGUUUGAUGCUAAAAAGUUGCAAGAGAAAAUGAGGGUGUUUCAAAGGGAAAGAGAAGAAGAAGCUUGCCGAAAUACUGACAAAGGUCGACUCAACCUAUAUGUGCAAGGAAACAAAGAGGACUUUGUUAGUCAUGCUGAUGCUGAAAUGUCAAGGCUCUCCAACGCUGCUUAUGGUGUUGAGAUGUUGAAUACGAUUGGCUACAUAUAUGCAAGACAGGCAGCUAAAGAGCUUGGGAAGAAGGCAAUAUACUUGGGAGUACCUUUCAUUGCUGAGUGGUUCAGAAACAAAGGCCACUUCAUUAAAUCCCAAGUUACAGCCGCAACAGGUGCAAUUGCUUUGAUCCAGCUUCAAGAGGACAUGAAACGUCAGCUCAGUGCAGAAGGAAACUACAGCGAGGAAGAACUUGAAGAGUACAUGCAGUCUCAUAAGAAGUUGAUGGUUGAUUCCCUUUGGAAGCUUAAUGUAGCAGAUAUUGAAGCCACCCUUUCCCGUGUUUGUCAGAUGGUUCUUCAAGACAAUAGUGCAAAGAAAGAGGAGCUCCGUGCUCGAGCAAAGGGGUUGAAAACUCUAGGUAAAAUCUUUCAGAGAGUCAAGUCAACCAAUGGGAAUGAAAGUGAAGCUACACUAAACAAUACCAUCCAUAAACUCGAUGGAGGUGAACCAAAUUUUGGGCCUUGUUCUCCCAGUUUGUCACCAAAGUCUUCAAAUCCUGAAGAGGCAUCUAAUACUGCAUUCGCAUCGCAGAGCCCAUAUGUGGAGGCGCCACAAUUUGCAGAUGCCCAAUUUAACUGUAACUUCCCAAUGCCAACGGCACCACCUGGUGUGCAGAGACAUUCAUAAAUAUGCAGGAGUGAGGGAUUAUUGUGUAUUUUGUGAACCAGUUAGCAUAGCAUAUGUUGUAUGUACCAGUUUUAUCCAUGUCCGUGAUGAAGGUAAGAGGAGAGGCGUGGGUGCUUUUUGAUUUGUUGGAUGUGUUUGCAUACAUAUGUAUGAUUGAUAUAACACACCCCCACUUUAUUGAGUUGUUAUUGUGUGUAUUUAUGGAA